UUCUCAGUUUCUCAAUUCACUCACUACCUGUACGUGCAAAAUAAAGCACAAGCAAUUUGAAGGUAUCGUUGAUGGAGUAUUGUGAAAGAGAGCAAGAAGGGAAGCGGUUACACGAUCCCUUAAUAAGUGGGAAGAAGGCGGAGCGAUGCGUGUGGGUGCCGGGUCCAGUGAUAGUGGGAGCAGGGCCGUCGGGACUAGCAGCAGCAGCGUGUCUGAAGGAAAAAGGCGUGGCAAGCGUGAUUCUAGAAAGAUCCAAUUGCAUAGCUUCUUUAUGGCAGCUAAACACCUACGACCGACUUCGCCUUCAUCUUCCAAAACAAUUCUGCCAGCUUCCUCUCAUGGGAUUCCCCUCUAACUUCCCCACUUACCCUACCAAGCAGCAGUUCAUCCGCUAUCUUGAAUCCUACGCCGAGCACUUCGCCAUUCAGCCCAGGUUCAACGAGGCUGUGAAGGAAGCGGAGUUCGAUUCCUCCUUGGGGUUGUGGCGAGUGAAGACAACGACGGCGACGGAGUUCGUGUGCCGGUGGGUUAUAGUGGCGACAGGGGAGAAUGCGGAGGCUGUGGUGCCUGAGAUUGAGGGGAGGGGGGAGUUUGGCGGUACUAUAAAGCACACAAGCUUGUAUAAGAGUGGGGGAGAGUUCAAAGGGAAGAAGGUUUUGGUGGUUGGGUGUGGAAAUUCGGGUAUGGAAGUUUGUUUGGAUCUUUGCAACCAUAAUGCCACUCCUUCUCUUGUCGUCAGAGAUACGGUACACAUCCUACCAAGAGAGAUGCUGGGAAAAUCAACUUUUGGGUUGUCCAUGUGGCUGCUCAAGUGGCUGCCCAUACAACUUGUUGAUCGCCUCCUCCUGAUCGUCUCAUGGCUGAUGCUCGGCAACACUUCACGGUUCGGAUUGGAUCGGCCUCCUUUGGGUCCCCUUCAACUCAAGAACCUGUCCGGAAAGACACCAGUGCUUGAUGUGGGUACCCUUGCCAAGAUUAAAAGUGGACAUAUUAUGAUACGUCCGGGAAUCAAGCGACUAAGACGUCAUACGGUAGAAUUCGUUGAUGGAAGGAUAGAGAAGUUUGAUGCAAUUAUAUUUGCAACUGGUUACAAAAGCAAUGUGCCCUAUUGGCUAAAGGAAGGGGAUAUGUUCUCAAAGGAAGAUGGGUACCCUAAGAGGCCAUUCCCAAAUGGAUGGAAGGGAGAAAAUGGUCUUUAUGCAGUUGGUUUUACCAAAAGAGGUCUACUUGGAGCAUCCAUGGAUGCCAAGAACAUAGCUGAAGACAUUGAAAGAUGUUGGAAAGCUGAGGCAAAGCAUAGUACUUUUUCUCUCUCACUUUUGCCACAAUCAGUUUCAUGAGGAGAGGGUGGUAAUUAAAGUUAAUUCAUUACACAUGUUGGACAUGGAGGAUUUUGUUUUGGUGCAUCACACAUACAUGUGCACUAUGUUACAAAAAAAUUAAAGUGGUGCUCCUCCAAUCCAUAUAUGUAAUUAAAAGUGGCCCAACAAAAAAGAAAGAAAGGAAAAUGGUGGGAAACUAAGCUUAACUUUCAUGGAUUUAACUGUCAACUUGGCUUUGAGAAUGAGACGUUGAAUUGCAGUUGAAGCAAAGAAAUUAAAGGCCUUUUUCUUUUUGGAAAACAGCUAUAUGGACAUCUUGCACAGUGCAAUUAAGGGAAACAAAAUGAUGAAGGAGGGUGACGGCGGCGGCGGUGGUUAAAGAGAAAAUUUUCCAUAAAAAUUGUUUUGUUAAUAUGUUUGAGAAAUAUGUGAUUGUUGAUUAACCUUUUUUUUAUGGGAUUUUACUUUUUU